AUGGAACAAAAGCUAGAAGAUGAUAUUGGCGAUACGGAACAGGCUCCGCAAAAACUCAUGUUGUGUGAUGCCCCGUCGGUCCUCUCGGCGGACCCCUCCAUAUCCUUAAAUACGUCGGGCAUCGCGCCCCAGUGCGCCAUCGAAGAUUUACCACCCCCAUUCUCCUUCUGUAAAGACUUUCACCUAACAGCUUCGCCUAUGGAUACUUUCAAACGGUUCUACCAUAUCCUCACCCGGGGCCCUCUUGCUCAAUUGAGCGGGAUUUCACUCGCUCGUUUCAGAGUUGCGGCGAGAUAUAUUGAAGCGCAGUUUCCCGAGGAAAGGAUUGGCAUCCAUAUUAGAGUCAAUGAAGAUGGCGUUCCCCUCAGCCAGAGGCACUUCGCGUCGGCGCACAUCAACUCGGACAACACUGUAAUAUUUUCCGUCAGACGAGGGAAGAAGAUUGUUUUCUCACAGGCAGAGGUUGAUGAAGAGGCGCCACGCUCUUUCAAGGAGAUGAUAUACCCCAGACCUUCAACGGCGAAGGACAUGCUCAGCGGCGUGGAUGAGAAACUUUGCAACUGGACAUUUACCACCCCGCGUAUCUAUGCUCCUCGAAUGUACAUAACGAGCAGUUACUACCACGAGAAUGACGAAGAUGUAUACAACAACGCGCCCGCCUAUAGGCUGCGCAUGAGAGAACGAAGACCCUGCGGGGACGUAGGCUCAAUACGGUCUGCCCUGGUAACGGGCCGCACGACCUUGAGAACGACUUCGACUUACUCCUUUCCGGUCCUAGUCUGCCGAAGCGAACACAGUACACCGCAGGAAUUCGAGAGCGAGGAUGGCGGCGAGGAGGAGGUCGAAUAUGGUCUCAUGGUUGUGGAGGAACUGGACGACAAACUCGCCGCUUCGAUCUUUAAGAAGGGUAGAAUCGCGCCGCUAGAGAGCCACCUCUACAAGAGCAAAAAGCCUGUCAUACUCGUGACGGAAGAGGGCCGAGUUAUAUGGUUGCUGUCUGUGUCUGACAUGGUGGAACAGGUCAACCGCUUCCUCCUUCGAAGUGUAUGGGUGAAAGAGAGGCUUCCUCUCAAACAUGUGCCAGAGCUAUUGAACUUUACUGCGCGUCAAUGA